AUGACCUCUUCCACCUCGCCUCAGACAACCGUAGUCAUGGCAGCACAAGCACCAACUCACUUUCCCGAUCGCCCUCAGUUCUCUGGGUUUAUGAAGCCAUGCCGCCUUGAAGGCGAGGUUUCACACCUGGAGGUCCAUGGGGCAAUUCCAGAUGACAUUGACGGUACGUUUUACCGUGUCAUGCCAGAUCCCCAGCUGCCUCCUUUCAUCCAAGAUGACCCAGUAAAUGGCUCCAUCAGCGCUUUCCGGAUCAAAGACGGCAAAGUCUCUUUCAAGCAAAAAUAUGUCCAGACUGAGAAGCUGAAACGAGAACGCGAGGCCAAGCGGGCCCUGUUGGGAAAGUACCGCAACAAGUACACCGAUGCGGUAGAGUUCAAAGUCCGCACCACAGCCAACACCAACAUCAUCCACUUCAACGGCAAGCUGCUCGCCCUCAAGGAAGACGCCCCGCCGUACGCAUUGGACCCAGAAACCCUCGAGACCUUGGGCCUGCACACUUUUGAUGGGCAGCUUCCCAGUUUGACGUUCACAGCCCAUCCCAAGUUCGACCCCAAGACGGGCGAGAUGAUUUGCUUUGGGUAUGAGGCCAAAGGAGAUGGGACGCCUGAUGUGUGCUAUUACCGAGUAGCUCCUGAUGGCAAGUUCCUCGAGGUGGUGUGGCUCGUUGCGCCAGUUGUGGGAAUGAUUCACGACUUUGCUGUGACUGAAAACUUUGUGCUCUUCCCCAUCAUGCCGCAGGUUUGUGAUCUCGAGAGGCUGAAGCAGGGUGGCGAGCACUGGCAGUGGAGCCCCGAGACACCGUUUUAUGUCGGCGUUUUGCCUCGAACAGGCGCGAAGCCGGAAGAUGUUAAGUGGUAUCAAUACCGCAACUCAUUCCCCGGCCACGUUAGCAACGCCUUCGAGGACUCAUCGGGCAAUCUCGUCAUGGACAUUGCGCUCAGUGACAAGAACGUCUUCUUUUGGUGGCCGGAUGCCCAGGGGAAUGCCCCGGAGCCAAGUUCAAUUGUCUCCCAGUUGAAGCGUUUUGUGAUUGAUCCAAAGUCUUCAAACCUCCAUCUUGCCGACCCAGAGGUGCUUCAAGAGGACAACUCGGAGUUUUACCGAAUCGACGACCGAUUUGCCACUCAACCAUACAGGCACUGCUUCUACGACAUGUUGAAUCCGGCGUUGGGGACCGACUUCCCAGGGAUUGCCCACCAGCUCGGUGGGGGAUACCCUCUGUAUAACUCGCUGGGACAUCUUGACCUCCAAACUCGUAAGGUGGAAGUGUAUUUCCCUGGACGAACGCACAUGGUUCAGGAGCCAGUAUUCAUUCCCCGUCGGGGAUCUGGUGAGGAAGGAGAUGGGUAUUUGCUUGCGCUUGUAAACAACUACGCCACGAUGUCGAGUGAGCUACACUUGCUUGACACGAAGAACUUUACCAAAGCGCAAGCUGUCAUCUUGUUGCCCGUGCGGUUGAGGCAAGGGUUGCAUGGGAACUGGGUAGACAAUGAUAAACCAUGA